CAUCUUACAUUCCCCCACACACCCACACGACACUACUGCUGAAACACCGUCACAAAUAAUGGGCCCGAAGAAGCCAGAAGAAGGACAGCCGAACGCCGACGCCCCGCCAGCCGGUGUGGUUGGCGGCGCAGCACUCGUUGGGGCAACGACUGGUCUGUUGUUGUCAGGCCCUCUCGUCGCUAUCGGGCUAGGCGCUGGAGCCGCAGCGUGCUGCCUAAGGAGAGACCAGGCUGGGGAUGUGGCCAGGUCAACUGGCCAGGCCGGGCUAGCUGUGGUCGAGAAAGGAAAGGAGAUCAACACGCAAUACGGCGUCGCCGACAAGGUGAAGGGCGCCGCGCACAGCACGUUCGAGAGAGCGAAGGAGGUAAACGAAGAGCACAAAGUUGUGGACAAGGCAAAGGCCGGGGUAUCGCGAGCAUGGGCAAGAAUCAGGGAGGUUGACAGAGAACACCGCCUCGCCUCCAGGGCAGGCGAGGCUUUCGGGGGAGCGAUGGACAGCGUCACCAAUGCCGUCUCGAAGAAGGAUGAUGGGCAAGAUGGCUGGGGGGCCACGAAGAAGUAGAAGGGCUGUGCCCCUCUCGCCGCACAUGGCUUUCGCGUGUCCGGGGGGGUUGAUUUGAAGGUGUGCGUGAAAGUGCGUGUUCGCCCCCGGAAGCAAUGACAGCGUGUGGUCGUGUUGGGAAGAGAUCGUGGAAGAGGAAGAGUUGGUUGUGUUGACGUCUGUAUUAAUAGUUCUCCUCGGUGGCGACCCGGUGACGUAGAGAGGUUUAACCUCACCUCGUUCUUUGUCGAAGAAAAGGUCUUUCCUGGAGUAACGCUGUGGUUGAAAGCUAGGGUCGCGAGCGUCGCAUGUGCGACGUCGUUUGUGGUUUACGUUUGUGUCUUGGGGGUUGGUUCAAGUAUAUAUAGGCAUUGAAGAAAGUAAGCAUCUCCUCGUAACCGUAUGGACCCGGAUGUGUAAAUAUGGGUCUGUAAGAGAGUAGUAACGAAGGAGUUCAGCGAAUGCCGGAAGCCUACUUAUUGGUGAGGGCAGCUGUAGCAAUCUAUCACCCACUCGAGCAUCGCAUCCGGAAACAUUUUGUGUCCAUGCGAUAUUGUGGUGAUGCUGUUGUUGGGUCACAUAGAAAGAAGGCUUGUAAUGGGAAUCAAUCGUCUUUGAC